ACAUCCCUCUCCCCCACCCACCCACCACACACCAUGUCUGCCAACCCCAACGCCAAGAACGCCGCCCUCAUGGCGCCGUACAUGCAGCUGGACCAGCGCGGCAAGGUCCAGGCUGAGUACAUCUGGAUCGACGGAGAUGGCGAGAUCCGCGGCAAGACGACGACGGUCGACUCCAAGGUCACCAGCCUCAAGGACCUGAAGGAGUGGAACUUCGACGGCUCCUCCACCGGCCAGGCCCCCGGCGGCAACUCGGACGUCUACCUGCGCCCUGCCGCCUACUACCCGGACCCCUUCCGCGGCGGCGACAACAUCAUCGUCGUGGCCGAGUGCUGGAACAACGACGGCACGCCCAACAAGACGAACCACCGCUACCAGUGCAACAAGUUCAUGGAGCAGGCGAAGGAGCACGUGCCGUGGUUCGGCAUUGAGCAGGAGUACUCGCUCUUCGACAUGGACGACAAGCCGUACGGCUGGCCCAAGGGCGGCUUCCCGGGCCCCCAGGGACCGUACUACUGCGGUGUCGGUGCCGGCAAGGUGUACGCGCGCGACCUGAUCGAGGCGCACUACCGCGCCUGCCUGUACGCCGGCGUCGAGAUCUCGGGCAUCAACGCCGAGGUCAUGCCCUCGCAGUGGGAGUUCCAGGUCGGCCCGUGCCUCGGCAUCAAGAUGGGCGACGACAUGGUCAUGGCGCGCUACCUGCUCAUCCGCAUCGCCGAGGAGUGGGGCGUCAAGGUCAGCUUCCACCCCAAGGCUGUGCCCGGCGACUGGAACGGCGCCGGCUGCCACACCAACUACUCGACGGAGGCCAUGCGCAAGGAGGGCGGCAUGAAGGCCAUCGAGGCGGCCAUUGAGAAGCUGAGCAAGCGCCACAAGGAGCACAUUGCCGUGUACGGCGCCGACAACGACCUGCGCCUCACGGGCAAGCACGAGACGGGCCACAUUGGCGACUUCUCCUCGGGCGUGGCCAACCGCGGCGCCUCGAUCCGCAUUCCCCGCCACGUCGCCGCCCAGGGCUACGGCUACCUCGAGGACCGCCGGCCGGCCAGCAACAUCGACGCCUACCAGGUCACUGGCAUCAUCGUCGAGUCCACGCUGCUGCUUUAAGCGCUCCCCAUCCAUCACACGCUGCCGGCGAGCUCACUGUCGCUGCAGCCCCGCCCACUCUCCGCGACCCACCUGCCCAUAUCUGCCCGCGACCAUCCCUGUGCCAUGAUGUGCUGCUUGCUCACUCGCGAGCAGCGCUUCUGAAAGUGAACUCUUUGCC